AUGCCCAAGUUCGUGCCGCGACAGCGAAAACACAAGGUUCUGGCCCGUCGCAAGACGCCGGCGAACGAUGCCACCGUCGAUGCCAAUGCGACCGAGAUUUUGCCGCAGGAGGAGCAAGAGCGCGCUCAGAAGAAGGCUGCGCUCAAGGAUGAGCUUACACGGGAGUCGCAGGGCAAGAUGAGCGGCAAGAAGAAGAAGCGUCUCGACAAAUACAUUGACACAAAACUCAAGAAAGAAGAGAACCUCGAACUGCUGAAGAAGCUCGCAUCCCAAAAGGUCGACACCAGCUUAUUCCAAAGCUCCAAGAAGCUCGGCCGAGGAGCAGAUACGAAGAGGGAGGCACUGAGGCGGGCGCUGGCUGAGAGUAGAGCCGGCAUAGACGUGGAAAAGAAUGAGGGCAUGAUUCUUGAGAAGCGCGACUUCAAAGAAGUUGGAGACGACAACUCGGAUGACGACGAUGAACAAGCACCGGUACCUGCUUCGAAAUCAACCGCACGACAAAUCUCCCCACAAACCGCGCAAACCAACGGAUCCUUACGAGAACGAGCGCCAUCACCGCCACCCUCCAAGCCCGAGAUCGACGUCUCCCAACCAGUCACAGGAAUCUUCGCGGCGCCACAGCAGACUGGUGGACUCUUUGGAAGCGGACUGAAGAGACCUCUAGAGGUCGACGAGUCAGGCAAACCCGUCAUACAGGUGCGAAAGCGCCGGAAAGGCCAGAGCAACAAACCUGUCGUGGUCGAAGAAGAGGUAGCAUGGGAAGGCUUCAGCUCGGGUAGCGAGAACAACGAAGAGGACAGUGCGGACGAGUCAGAGGCUUCUGGUGCUGAGUCCGAUGACGCUGGCUCGAAUUCUGCAGAGGAGGUAUCGACUUCAGGAUCCGAAGCAUCAGACGAAUCUAGAGAAUCUGGAGACUCCGAGGACGACAGCGAUGAGGACAGCGACACGAGUCCUGAUGAAGAGAACAAGAUCGCAAAGAAGGAAAGGACAUCAGCUUUCAAAGCCUGGGCGACCCAGCAAAGAAAUGAGCAAGUAGGAUUUACUCCGACAAACCAACUCUCGUACGCACCGAUCCCAGCAAACUUCAAGCCUCGAGCUCCCGAGCAAGAUCCUCUACCACCAGAACUUGAAACGAAAACUGCGACCGAUGGAAUACGGAAGGCCUUCAGUGUCAACGUCGAACGAUCACCGGAGAUACAGGAGUCAAGGCUGCAGCUCCCCAUCGUAGCGGAAGAACAGAAGAUCAUGGAGGCUAUACACAACAAUGACGUGGUAGUAGUUUGGGGUGCCACCGGUAGCGGUAAGACCACGCAGGUGCCCCAGUUCCUCCUAGAGUCUGGAUAUGGAGCGGCCGACGGUCCUACUCCUGGCAUGAUUGGAGUUACGCAACCUCGUCGUGUAGCUGCCGUCAGCAUGGCGAAACGUGUUGGUGAUGAACUUGGCGACCAAAGUACGAAAGUGGCGUACCAGAUCCGAUUUGAUACGUCAACAAGUGCCAAAACCGCUAUCAAGUUCAUGACUGAUGGUGUGUUGCUACGGGAGAUCACCCAAGACUUCGUACUGACAAAGUAUUCCGCAAUUGUCAUCGAUGAGGCUCACGAGCGCAGUGUGAACACAGACAUUCUCAUCGGCAUGCUUAGCAGGAUUGUGGAUCUUCGCGCACAGAUGGUCAAGGAAGACCCGAAGAAUAAGCCUCUGAAGUUGAUUAUUAUGUCUGCUACUCUACGUAUAUCGGACUUCACUGAGAACAAGCGCCUAUUCAGGAGUGAGCCCCCACCACUGAUCAAAGCAGAAGGUCGUCAGUAUACUGUUGUAAACCACUUCUCACGUCGCACUCAACGAGACUAUGUCGAGGAGAUGUAUCGCAAGGUAUGCAGAGGCCAUCGAAAGCUGCCCAAGGGCGGAAUGCUCGUCUUCCUUACUGGUCAGAACGAGAUCUCGCAGCUAGCGAAGCGCCUAAAAGAAGCUUUCCCUUCAACACAGGGGCGGGAGGUGAAGGCUGGCAAAGUCGUGGUCUCUCCGGCAGAGACGCCGCUGGAGGCUGAAGACAUCGAGCUAGGUGGACAGGCCGAAAGCCAGGAUUACCUAGACGAUGACGGUUCGGAUUCAGAAGGCUCCGUGAUCAUGGGUCUUGAUGACGAGGACGACAAAGAAUUCGAAAUUGAGGACGAAAAGCCGGAAGAGACUGUCAUGAACGUACAUGUUCUACCCCUCUACUCACAGUUGCCCACAAACCAGCAACUGCGGGUGUUCGAGCCACCUCCUGAUGGUUCUCGUCUCAUUGUCCUUGCUACGAACGUCGCAGAAACCAGUUUGACGAUACCCGGCAUUCGCUACGUGUUCGACUGCGGAAGAGCCAAGGAGAAGAAAUAUGACCUCAUUACUGGCGUUCAAAGCUUCGAAGUCGGAUGGAUUAGCAAAGCCAGCGCCAACCAGCGAUCUGGUCGUGCGGGCCGUACUGGACCUGGUCACUGUUAUCGCCUGUACUCAUCGGCCGUCUUCGAGAGAGACUUUGAAGAAUACGCAGCUCCGGAGAUCUCACGAACACCGCUGGAGGGCGUGGUGCUGCAGCUGAAGAGCAUGGGUGCACCGGUUGUCAACUUCCCCUUUCCGACAUCACCAGACAGGGAGAGUCUGCAGAAGGCAGAGAACUUGCUCUCGUAUCUAGGAGCAUUGUCUCUGGAUGGCAAGGUCACGAAGCUUGGUCAUGAGCUUUCAUUAUACCCUCUCAAUCCACGAUUUGCUCGUAUGGUCGCGAUGGGUGUUGCGCAGAACCUCGCAGCUGAGACCAUUGCAUUGGUAGCGGCUCUAUCUGUACCGGAACUCAUUGUGCCAGAGAAUAACUUGGGACUACGUGAGCCUAUCAGAGAUCCUGACACCAUUCGUACCGAUCAAGACAACAUCGAAGCCGAAGAGCGCUCCCGGUUGCGCAAAGCCUAUAACGCUGCACAGGCUAAAAUGAGCAUCAAUGCAAAGCAGAGUGACUGCAUCAAGCUCAGCAAUGCGAUCUGUGCCUACGCCUACGAGCCUGAUUCGCACCGGUUUUGCGAAGACAUGUUCCUCAAUCCCAAGUCCAUGAACGAGGCUAGCCAGCUCCGCCACCAGCUCACCAAUAUCGUCCGGGCACAUCGACCUACCGCCAUCGGAGCGUACAACGCAAAGCUUCCAGCACCUUCGGAGCGAAACAUCAAUCUGCUUACCCAGAUAUGCGCGGCAGGCUUCAUCGAUCAGAUUGCCAUGCGCGCUGACCUUGCUCCUGUGCCCCCCGAGCUCCCGAGGAAGCCCAAGACUGCGAUCGAUGUGCCUUACGUUACUCUGUUCUCGUCACAAUCGGAGCGUUCAGACGAUCCGCACGCCAACUAUGUGUUUCUACAUCCCUCUUCUAUACUUGCACGUACACCGCCAGCAAAGAUGCCGGGAUACAUAAUCUACUCGCAUCUCCAACGCGCGGCAACAUCCACCAUCACUGGUAGUCGGACACCGAAGACCCGCAUGCAUCCUCUUACUCCUGUUACGAGGCCGCAGAUUAUCAACAUUGCACUUAACACACCGUUACUACAAGCGAGUAAGCCAAAAGGCAAGAUUGUAGAGCUGACCAAGGAUAAGCGGGAGUGCGAGGUUGAAAUGAGCCUCAUGGGCGAGAAGGGCAGCCAAGGAUGGGGGCUCGGCGUUAGGAAGGUUGUACAAAGGAAAGAGCCUGGCGGACGAUACGUUAUUGAGCGGAUACUCGGUUGA